UUCAAGCGUUGUGGUACUCGAAAUCGCGAGGCGCGUUCUGUUGCGUUUUGGAUUGAUUCGGUCAGAAAAUCAUAGUAUCGUCGGUUUUCGAGACAAAAAGUGCUGGAAUCGAGUUAAGAAUCGGCAAGUGCUGAGCCCAAAAAGUGACCAAAGCCCAGUAAAAUUCACCUAUAAAAAGUGAAAGAUCCUUCGAGUUGCUCGUUCGUUGUCGCCUUUCGGUUGUCGUCAGUUCGUCGCGAGUAGUUGCAACUUCGUGAGAGAAACACAAGGGCCCUUAAAUCAGCCAAAAAUCAUAAAAAAGUCACCCAAAGUCAAGUAAUUCAAGCUUUUCAAGACAGCCAAAAUUCAUGCAUUAAAUCUGAAAUAAUAUUCAUAUCGGAGAUGUGCUCGUGAGAUGUUGCUGCUGCAACAGCCGCAGAUUCGUGUGGCCCAGUGUCAGUGAUUGAGAAUUAUAAGCUACCGAACCUAACUCCAGGAUGAUGCCAAGCGGAUUACACAUAAGGAUUAAAUAACAAAUGGCGAAUGUCAGCGACAGCCAGCGACUGAUGAUGGAAAAAUCGAAUUGAACAACAAAUCACAGAGCGGAGAAAAAUCACAAGUGGAAAAGAUGAGAUUGAAAAUGCAGGCAGCUGCAGGAAAAAGCGAGAAAAACACGAAAACGCGGCUACACCAAAUGGGAAACUUAUGAAAAGCACUAAAAACCGAGAGAGAACAAGAAAAAGGAAAACAACGUUAGAAAGAGGAAAACUAAAGCAACAAUUACUGGGGAAUCGGGGUCGAGAACCCAGGAAAAUACGGAAAAAUAAUAAACGUUCUUGAGGAAAGUCGCGAAUCUAGAGCCACGCCAAAGAAAAGGAUUCCCAUUAAAUUACCCCGGAAAAAUGGAUACCGUUUUCGCUGUGGUUUUCCACCGGCAGCCAGUGGCUUUUCUUCUGGUCCUCCUGGCCGCAGCUUUUCCACUGGCCCAAGGAGAACAGCACCCCGCCACCGCCGAUGAAGGACCGCUGUCUGAAAUCCUGACUGCCGUGGGCUCGGAGGUGGCGCUACCUUGCGAUCUGAUGCCUGGAUCAGGGAUCUCCGACAAGGCGCAGCUGGUCAUCUGGUAUCGCCAGGGAAAUGUCAAGCCCAUCUACACCUUUGAUGCUAGAGGUCGUCCAUUAGAACUGGGUAUUCCUUGGGCCGACGAAAGUGUCUUCAACAAGAAGGCUCACUUCCACCAUAAUACAGAUCCCCCAGUCCUGCGAAUCAAGAACAUCCAAACCUCAGAUGCCGGACUCUACAAAUGCCGUGUGGAUUUUCACAAGUCGCCAACCCGUAAUUGGCGUAUUAAUGUGACAGUGCUAGUUCCACCCACUCAACUGACCAUCCUGGACCAUCACGGUGCCGAGAUUCGGGACCAAACGGCAGGACCUUAUCUGGAGGGCGACAGCAUCGAAUUGACGUGCCUCUCCAGCGGCGGAGUUCCUCCUCCGCGGGUCUCCUGGUGGCGCGAACACGCCCUGAUGGACGACUCCUUCCAGGUGCUGCCCGAUGGCUCCGUUCGGAAUGUCCUGCGCAUCAAGAACAUCCAGCGGAAGGAUCUGCUAACGAUGUACACUUGCCAGGCGACCAAUGGCCAUGUGGUUCCGGCGCUGACCAAGAAGGUUAUCCUCGACAUAAAUCUUCCCCCGCUUAGUUUGCUUUUGCAAGGACUAAAUCACGCCGUAAUCGCUGGAACCCGAACCCAUGUAACCUGCACGGCGAUAGGAGCUCGACCUCCGCCGGAAAUAAUUUGGUCAAAGGCGGGUCAGAUUGUGCGAGGUGCCACGGCAUCGACCUCCUCCGAUGGUAACACAACCAUAUCGGAACUAAUGCUGAUACCCGUUCCCGAGGACAAUGAAAGGCAGGUGGUGUGCUCCGUAUCGCUAACUGCGGGUAUUACUUCCCAGCAACUGCAUGAGGGUCAUACCACCGUGAUGACCACUCUGGGGAAUGGACACACAGGACUGUAUCUCAAGGAUUCCAGGGUGCUAAAUGUGACACAUGCACCUAUUGUCAACCUUAAUCUGGGAGCCCCCCUAGAUCCGGAUAAUCUACUCAAAGGCACCGAUGUCUACUUGGAAUGCGAUGUGAAGGCGAAUCCCUCGAUUACCCGUGUGGAAUGGUAUCACAGUGACAAACAACUUCAUUCCUCCCGCGGCAUCAUCAUCUCGAACCAGACCCUCGUCCUUCAGGGCAUUUCCAAGUCCUCGCAUGGCCAGUACUUUUGCAGGGCCAGCAAUCUGCAGGGCAGUGUGUCCAGCAACGAGGUCUACUUGGACGUGAAGUAUCCCCCCGUUUGCAAGUCGGAGUCGACGGUUAUACGUGCCGCCCUGAAGCAGACAAUCAACAUCACCUGCGAGGUGGACGCCAAUCCCCUCGAUAAUCUAAAUUACAAGUGGCACUUCAACAACUCGCUGGAGAGCCUCAUCGAGCUGCCCCAGCUGCAGUCGGGCGUGGGGCUGGGUCCGGUGAUGCUGGCCUCCGGAUCGGAUCUGGGCGGAUACUAUCAGCGGAGCAAGCGGAAGCACUCGCACGGACUGCAGCAGCGCCUGCUCCACGGAAGGCACGGGCGCAUGGCGGCCGUGAGGUUCGAGGACGAGGACGGCGACGAUGGCUACGGGGAGUUCGAGGAGUACGGCGAGGAGGCGGGCCCGCCCUUCGCCCAGAUGGUCUACUCCAACAUGGUGCACAAGAACCACGUGGAGGGCUCCAAGCAGCAGCAGCGGAAGCAGCUGUCCCCCCAGCAGAUGCCAUCCGGCGGUUCGUCCGGAGACAGCCACCACAGCUCCUCCUCCUCAUCCUCCUCCUCCUCCAGCGGAGUCCUCCAGCUGGCGGAGCGCAAGCGACUGGCCGCCCUGCACAAGCAGCACCAUCGGGGAGGCGUGGCCACGCCCCCCACCACCACCGCCGCCCCUCCGCUGAACAACGUGUACAGUUACCACGUGGAGAGCUACGAGAGCUUCGGCGCCAUUUCCUGCGUGGCCAGCAGUCCAAUGGGCCACAGUGCGCCCUGUUGGUACCACAUCCAGCCGGCAGACCUUCCCGAACCGGUGAAGAACUGCACGGCCUUCAAUGCCACGGCCAAUUCGCUGCAGAUCCAGUGCAUUCCGGGAUACGAUGGUGGCAUUCCCCAGCACUUCCACGCCCAGAUAUACGACGAACUGAACCGCCAGGUGCUGUACAAUGCCUCGUAUAAAUAUGCGGAGUUCACAGUGAAGCGUCUGCCCAGCGACUCCGUGUUCGUCAUCCGGAUAACGGCGGUGAAUGGCCAGGGUCCCAGCAAGGUGGCAUAUCGUCUGCGAGGACGCACGCUUUCGGCGCCUUUACUGCGAACAGCCUCAUCGACGGCGGUGCUGGUGCAGCUGACACCCCUGCUGGGCGCCCUGGUGGGCGUGAUUGCCACACUCAUUCUGGUGGCCAUUUGCGUGGUGAUCGUUAUCAAGUUCCGGAGCAAGCGGGGCGGCAGGCGGCACGGGAACGGGCCGGACGCCACCACCACGGAGGCGGACAAGGGCAGCGCCGAGCCGCUGUCCCGCAACAUGGGCAGCCACUCCAGCCUCGAGGACAAGAACCCGGAUGUGGUGCCCCAGGAGGCCAACAGCGAGGACGAGUUCCACCAGGAGGAGAAGGCCUUCGACCGGCUCAACAUGGAAUCGCAGCGGAUUUUGUACACCCCGCCGACGCGGAUUAACACCGCCUCCCCGCCGCCGCCCUCGCUGUCGCCCACUUUUGGCAAACAGUACGGUGAACUCUCGCUAACCACGAACCCCGCCUUCAGCCUGUACAACACCCCCCAGCGCGCCCCUGCCGUUCAGCGACCCGUUUACACCGCCCCACCGCCCCUUCUGUCCACGCGGACGCCCCCCAACAUCUACACCCGCAUCCCGGGACGGGGCGGCGGAGGGGGUGGCGGCGGCGGAGCAACGGUCACGGCGGCGGGACCCGGGGGCGGCUACCACCUGCCGGCGUACGAGACCAGGACCUCGCCCACCUCCCCCUACGGCUCCACCACCACCUGCACCAUGCCCCUGCUGGGCGGCCAGUCGAAUGGAUCGCUGCAGACCAACGGCAGUGGGCUGGGGGGCGUGGUGAUUGGGGGCGGGGGGGCGUGCAACACACUGCCCCACCCGGGCAGCCUGCAUGUGGGCGGCAUUUCGGCGGCCUUGACCAGCUCGGUGACCAGCGGCAACAUCACCAUCGGGGCCGCACAGUCGCUGCUCACCUCGCCGCGCAGCCAGACGGCCACCUACAGCACCACCCUGGGCAUGGGGGGCACCAAUGGGUUAACAGGGGUACAGUCGCCCCUUCUGAUGAGCGGCGUGGGGAACUACGAGACGGUGAGCUCCUGAGAGUUAGCCAAAGAGGACAUCAAGUGUCAGAUCGUGUGCAUCGGGGGCAGCAGUACGUGCACCACCACCACUCUGGGCGCCGAGCGCACCACCAUCGUCUAAAAACAAAUCAAGAUACAACUGAAUCCCAAAAUCUGUAUUAUAGUAGUUAAGCUGCAUUGAAAACUCGACAAGACUUCCACACAAAGAGCAGCGGGGCGGCGGAGAACUAACCUAAAGUAAAUCAUAUAUAUAUAUAGAUAUAGCCUAUGUGUACUCUGGAUUUAGCAUUGUUUUCGAACCCGACUAAAGUGUAACUGAAUACCACAAAGGAAAGCAUUUAUUUGGUCUAUCUACUGUAUCUGUCUUUGUGCGCAAAAAAAAAAAGAAAAUGAAGUAUAACAAGUGAACAUUAUGAGCUAUGCUUGGGAAAUUAACGAAACACUAGUUUAGACUUCUAACUAAGAGAUGGCCGAACCGCAACUAGUUAAGCUAUAGAUGUGUAUAUAUGUAACUCAUUUAAGGAUCAGGUCAGCUAAUACUUAAACUAGUUUACGAUUUAGCCACUUAAUGUAGCCUAAACUAAAUUGAACUUAGUUAGUCACAUUGCGAAUCUACAAAAAGACUAUCCCCCUGAUCAUAUAUAAGUAUGGUAAAAUUACAGAAUUUAAUGGCAUAUCUCUAUAUCGACAUAAUACGUAUAGCACAACACAGCAGCAGCAACCGAAUGAAAAGGAAUCUGAAAUAGGCGCAAACUAUAUAUAUGCGAUACGAUACAAUACGAUAUGGAGCGAAAUGGAUUAUACUGUAUAUGUAUCUGUGCAUCGAAUCAUAUUUUGUUAGGUGUGGUAUGAAAUUUUAUAAGCAUCUGUUGUCGAGAACUUUAUCAAAUCUAUAUAAUACGAAUAUAUAAAUGAUCUGUAUGUAUCCACGAUUAAGCAGCGCGCAGUAAAAACGGAAAAAUAAAACAAAAGUUCAAUGUGCAUCUUCGCCACCACCUGCCCAAAGAAAAGCCCCAUUUUCCAUUCAACGUAGUCGCUCUAAGGUCGAACUUAAAGUUUUUCCCGUUUAAAGAUUCUUUCACACCCCUCCCACCAUAAGAAAAACAACAUGAAAAGUGCUUCUUCAAUGACAAAAUCAAAUUGUAUUGUGACUCGAAUUAUAAAUUGGAAAAACGAAAAACUUGAGAAUGAAAUUUAAUUUUUGGUUUACACUUAGCAGCUAAGAACUUUCGACUCAACAAACUUAAACUUAGGCAUAUAUAUAUAUUUUCUUAAUUAACCCUUGAUUUGUAAGCGAAUAGAAUAUUUAUUUUCCGUGCGAACAACCUUACUUUUCGUUUAGUUCCCUUUAAUGUAAAGCAAAUGAAAACUUAAUAUGCAAAUGAGCAAAAACAAGUGAAAAUAAG